CAAACGGGGGUGGUUCUGAUUCAGAUAACUGGGCAAGGAAGAAGGAAGACGAUCAACCGCGGAAGUUCAGCUCAGAUUCAGAGGGUUGGGGGAGAAACAGAGAUGAAGGAAGUGGCAACAGUGGCAGACCAAGGUUGAAUUUGAAGCCUAGGACAAUUCCUUUAGGUGAAGGGCAUCAAAACGGAGAUGGAAGUCCAGGGAAGCCGAAAGGGUCGAAUCCAUUCGGUGAAGCUAGGCCAAGAGAAGAAGUUCUGAAGGAGAAGGGGCAGGACUGGAAGGAAAUCGAUCAGAAGCUGGAGUCCCUAAAGAUGAAGGAUGUUGGGAAGAACAGCUUCGGGAGCAGUAAUGGGAGAAAUUCACCCGAGGACAGCACAGAAAAGAGUUGGAGGAAGUUAGAAGGGAAUGACUCCAGACCAGAGGAAACCGAGAAAUCUAUGGAAGAGUACAGAGAUGGAGAUUGCAAUGAUGUGGAACCUCAGCAAGAUAAAAACUAAUGCUACACUUCUGCAGAAAGAGUUUUGACCUAUUGGGCUACGAAACAUUACACUAGUUUCUUAGUACCUCUUUUUUAUUAUUAUUUCUGGUAAUAAUGUGUAAUUUCUUUCAUUAUAAAUGUGAAAACAUUUAUCUGAUGAGUGCAGUUUUGUUCUGCUGAGAGUGUAGUUGAUUGAUUUACAUUGUAUUAUUAGCAAGAACUGGAAUAAAAGUCGUUUGUCUUCUUACAUA